AUGUCGGACGAGCGCGAGACUAAAGAUGAGCGUCGGGCGAGGAGGGCAGCUAAGAAUGAGGGGAAGGCGCGUGCAGUUGAGGCCCGGACGGCCGAGGUGAUGGACCCCGCCCCAGAGAUGAAGGAGACUAAGGAGGAGCGCAAGGCGAGGAAGGCGGCCAAGAAAGAGGAGAAGGCCCGCGCGGAGGCUUCUGAAGCGAAGGAAGGCGCAGCCGAGGUCCCGGAGACAAAGGAGACCAAGGAAGAGACCAAGGAGGAGCGCAAGGCGAAGAAACGCGCCGGCAAGGAGGCAAAGGCCAAGACUGUCGAGGAAGGUGAUGCCAAGGAGAAGAAGGAUAAGAAGCGCAAGCGCGACGAGCCCGCCGAGCCUCCCAAGAAGAAGGUCGCGCUCGACAUGUCUGCCCCGAUCUUUGCGGACGAGAACCUGUCCGACCCGGCCAAGAAGGCGAUUCACUACGCGCAGCAGUUUGGCACCGCAGCGUGGAAGUUCAACAAGGCCCGACAGGGGUGGUUGUUGCGCAACUUGUGGAGCGAGGUUCCGGACGAGCAUGUCGCUGUUGUUGUGGCAUACCUCAAGACUGUGAUGGGCGGUGUGCGCGGGGCGUUGGCCACCAAGGCUAUGGAGUACGCUAAGGACGAGGUGGUGGAGGAGAAGACGGAGGAGAAGACGGAGGAGAAGACGGAGGAGAAGACGGAGGAGAAGACGGAGGAGAAGACGGAGGAGAAGACGGAGGAGACGGUGGAGGGGGAAGAGAAGAGUAAGGAAGAGGGCAAGGAAGACAAGGAGGAGGCCGACCCCUCUGAUGCCGAGGAGCGCGCACGGCGAAGGGAGCGUGCUCGCCAGCUUCUUGAGGCGAUGGGCGAGUCGUACAGCACAUAG